CUUUGAGUUACAAAAAAUGCUACAGAAGUUCAGAUUUAGCUAUUACUCUUUGUCUUGUUCACGGAUAGUAUGUUUAUUUUUUUAAAAUAAAAACUUUAACAAGCAGUGCUGCACGUUAUUUUGGUGAAAGGUUAAGUAGGUAUAUUUGACUAGUGAUCACUGGAGAUUUUGUCAGCCUUGCUUGCUGUGAUUUAUAGGAGGUUGGUUGUGUGAGACCAAGCAUUUGAUUGUUUAAAAAUAACAUUUUUUGAGUGAAACCGUUUUAUCUGGCUCAUUCUUCUUGCUAUGAAAUAAAAUUUUAUAGUCUUACUAGAUAUGCUGAUUGUCCAUUCUGCAGUCUGAAAAACACCUGUGAAUGCUCCCUCUUAAUUUUUACUUGGCUCUUUUUGCUUGAUGUGUUACAGACAAGUGUGUCUCUGAAUAGCAGUGCAAGCAGAUUUUUUUUUCUUUUGUAUUGUCUUAGUUUAACUUGCUCAUGGCUAGUACAGUGUAAGUCAGAUUUAAUCUUCACCUGUGGUUGAAAUAAUUACAGUGCAUCUUUCGUAUUUUGAGUUCACAUUAUGUCAUUUUGCUUUGGUGUAGGGGUUGGAAACCAUUUAUCUUUGCACUCAUUUGUUUUAGUGAAAAUUUAGUGGAGGGAAUUGAUAUCCUUGAAAUUCUUGCCCCACUACUGCAACAGGUUUGGACUCUGAAAGUGUAAAGCACCUUUCUAUGUAGGUAAAGUCUUCCUGUGUAAGUCUGAAUUCCUUACUAAAUCAGGCUGAGCUAGAUUGCUUGCUUCACGGGUUGUUUUUUUUUUUGUUCUUGAUUUAGUAACUGAGAGGCACCGUGUCUGGUUGUUACAGAAGUGUGUGAGAAUGGGCAAUUAGCUCAGGGUGUCUGAAACAGCUGCAUCAUCUGCAUGGCUUAAUUGUCCUCAGGCUUUGUUUCAUUUGCAUUGACAAAACCACUGAAGAAAGAAAGUAUCCAGGUGAUUCUUGGAAAUUGUUUUUAGCUUCUCACAUUCUGAAGGACUUCCAGACUCUGGAAGGUGGCUGGUGGGAAGUGAAUCAUGAAUAUGAAUCAGCAUCUCUCCACCCUUAUAUACAAAAUGCUGUUGCUAGGAUAUUCGUCUUUGAUGAUGUGAUAAGAGUGUAGCAAACACCUUCUUGAAAUUCACUCUGUCAUCCCUUCUUUAAUUACAUUCAAACUCAGGCUGCUUGUGUCUCUCUGCAAGACCUUGACAUAAUUUUAUUCUACCUUUGCAUCUGCUCUUUGUGUUUGCAGCCUUUGCUUCUCCUGAGUCUUUCUCCGACUUUCAAUUUUUUGGUUUUGCUUCCUUUUUUUUUGUUUUGUAUUGUAGUCUACUCUUGUGUGUGUGCUAUACUAAUGCUACUUUGCAGACAGGGAUUAGGGUGUGCUUUUUUAGCUUUUUACUGAAUUUAUAUAGACUUGUUUGAAAAGUGUUGAUUUUUGUUACCUUAUUUUUAGUCACUCUCCACAACCACCCUGUUGUUAUAACCCGUUGUGAAAAUGAUCAGUUAAAAAGAGAAGUCUUUUUCAAUUUCACAAGGCAAAUUCCUAAAGGUUUUAAUAAAAUUGGGUCUGAAUCAUGUUUCUGAUUCAAAUUUUAAUGUUAGCUUAUUUUUAAAGUAACGUUAAAUGCUAACACAAAGGUUGUUAAGGUGACUGAUUAUACUUCAUAUUUGAACUGAGAAUUUUGGUUAAAAGGGGCGAUAAAAUAAGAAACAUAAGUUAUUCAGAAAAAUUAAAUUUUCUUAAGUUGGGUUUUCUUUUAAGGAAUAAGGAGGUGGAGGAGAAAAUAAAUGGAUACUCACUUAUUAGCUUAUGUUCUAGUGAGACAUAUCACAGAUUAAUACUAAAGAAUGAGUUGUUGUAGCUGGAGGAACUUGGAGGAGAUGAUUUUUCUUUAGCCCUAUGUGAGCCCUUGAGCUCAAAUAUCUUCAGCUUCCAAGUUUGGUUUUUUUCUCCUGCUGGGUUGAGGAAGAACAUCUGGGGUGUUUUUGUUUGGAGAUAUAAGUUGGUUUUGUUUUCUUCAGGUGUGGUAGAAGAUUUAAAAUGCUUCACAGAACUACUGUAUUUCUUUGAAAUGCUUACAAAGAAAUAUUACAGAAGUGCUUAAUCUAAAAUCUUGAAAUACAUUGUUAUGUUUAAUGUAUUAAGACAGCUAAUUAAAACAGACAUUUUAAUGAAAAUUACAUUAGCUCUCAUUUUAAGACAGUUGGGUCAAAUACUGAUUUUAAAAGAUGUUUCACAAGCAUUUUAAGUGAAUAAGUUUUUGGAAGAUUGUCCAAGGCAACUGCUGAUACAAAAAACAUAGCAUAGGAAAUAAUAUAUGUUCUGCUUUUUGGACUCUCAGGGAUGCAAAAGCUGUUUUCUCCACACAUAAUAUGUGUGUCCUAUGCAAGCUUAUUUGUAGUUUAUCUGUGUGUUUGCUAUGUAGAAUCUUAGAAAAACUGCCUAUAAACAAUGAAAAGUUGACUGCUUUACAUGGCUUUGACAACUUUAGUAAUUGUGGGGGGUUUUUUUACAUUUUAGGAAAUAAAAUAAUGCUAAUGAAGCAACCAUUUCCCUGAAGUUCGAGUUUUCAGACUCACUGCCAUAAUGGAUGAGCAGCAAGCUUUGAAUUCAAUCAUGCAGGAUUUGGCUGUGCUUCAUAAGGCCAGUCGUCCUGUAUUGCCCCAGCAAGAAACAGGAAAACCAAAGUCAUCUUCUCCUAAAAAACAGAAUGAUGUUAGAGUCAAAUUUGAACAUCGAGGUGAAAAAAGGAUCCUGCAAUUACCAAGGCCUGUUAAACUUGAAGAUCUUGCAGCUAAAGCAAAAGUUGCUUUUGGACAGACUAUGGAUUUACAUUACAGCAAUAAUGAGCUUGUAAUUCCAUUAACCACACAGGAUGACCUGGACAAAGCAGUUGAACUACUUGACCGUAGUGUACAUAUGAAGAGUCUCAAGAUACUGCUUGUAAUACAUGGAAAUACACAGUCACCCAGUGUAAAUAACGUGGAACCCUUGCCCUCACUGGAAGAUUUAGAUAAUAUAGUGUUUGGUGUGGCAGACAGAAAAAGGCGACUGUCUGUAAUAGGUUCAAAUACUCGUGAUAGGAGUUCACCUCCCCCAGGAUACAUUCCAGAUGAGCUGCAUCAGGUGGCUCGAAAUGGAUCCUUCACCAGUAUCAACAGUGAGGGUGAAUUCAUUCCAGAAAGUAUGGACCAGAUGCUGGAUCCAUUGUCUUUGAGCAGUCCUGAAAACUCUGGCUCAGGAAGUUGUCCCUCGCUUGACAGCCCGUUAGAUGGGGACAACUAUCCCAAGUCUCGGAUGCCAAGAGCACAGAGCUAUCCAGAUAAUCAUCAGGAAUUCUCAGUAGAGUAUGAUAUCCCAAUAUUUGAGAAAUUUGGAAAGGGAGGGACUUAUCCCAGAAGAUACCAUAUUUCAUAUCAUCAACAAGACUACAAUGAUGGUCGUAAAACUUUUCCAAGAGCCAGAAGGACUCAGGGCAACAACUUCCGAUCACCGGUCAGUUUCAGCCCCACUGAUCACUCACUGAGCACCAGCAGUGGGAGCAGCGUCUUUACGCCGGAGUACGAAGAUAACCGGAUGAGGAGGAGGGGCAGUGACAUAGACAAUCCUACCCUGUCAGUCAUGGACAUCAGCCCACCCAGCCGCUCACCACGAGCUCCAACUAACUGGAGACUUGGUAAACUGCUGGGUCAAGGUGCCUUUGGCAGAGUGUAUCUGUGUUACGAUGCUGACACUGGAAGAGAACUGGCUGUUAAACAAGUUCAGUUUGAUCCCGAUAGCCCAGAAACCAGCAAGGAAGUAAAUGCACUUGAGUGUGAGAUUCAGUUGCUGAAAAAUCUGCUGCAUGAAAGAAUUGUUCAGUAUUAUGGUUUCUUGAGAGAUCCACCUGAAAGGACACUUUCAAUAUUCAUGGAGUACAUGCCUGGGGGCUCCAUCAAAGACCAACUGAAAUCAUACGGAGCACUCACAGAGAACGUGACUCGUAAAUACACACGGCAGAUUCUGGAAGGAGUUCACUAUUUGCACAGCAAUAUGAUUGUCCAUCGAGAUAUUAAAGGAGCAAAUAUUCUGCGGGACUCAGCAGGCAAUGUGAAGCUUGGGGACUUCGGUGCCAGCAAACGGCUGCAGACCAUCUGUCUGUCUGGUACGGGAAUGAAGUCUGUCACAGGAACUCCCUACUGGAUGAGUCCCGAAGUUAUUAGCGGAGAAGGGUACGGCAGAAAAGCAGACAUCUGGAGUGUAGGUUGCACAGUGGUAGAAAUGCUCACUGAGAAGCCCCCGUGGGCAGAGUUUGAAGCCAUGGCUGCCAUCUUUAAAAUUGCCACUCAGCCAACCAACCCCCAGCUCCCUCCUCACGUCUCCGACCACGCUCGGGAUUUCUUGAAACGGAUUUUUAUCGAGGCCAAGCUGCGACCGUUUGCAGAUGAACUGCUAAGACACACGUUUGCACACUAUCACUAACACCUGCCUCAACUCGGCUUGCAUCUACUGCAUUUAUUUUCUAUUUGACUGCACUUUUAUUUUUUAUUUUUUACAAAGAAAAAGGAGAAAAAAGACAAGAGAGAGAAUAUUCUCUUGAAUCUUUGUUUCACUUAGAUUGUAAACAAUCUAAAAUUUGUAUCUAAAAUGAGAAUCUUCUCUCCCCGGCUCCCACCAGGACUAGAACUUUUUGUUUCUAUAAUGUACUGAUGUGGUUGAUGUAGAUAAAGCACUUUAGUACAUAUUUGUUCCUUAUUUAAAGAGGAAAAAAAUUACAAAUGCUUGGACAGUCAGGAACUGUGUGACUUUUUCUGACACCGCUGACUGACUCAGGGUGCAGGGAAAAAUAGACAUGCAGCUAAAGGACAAGAAGGUUACUUCUAUGUGAUUCUUAUCUAUAUUGUAGGUACUUGCAGCAGAGAGUUCUAAGUUCUUACUGUAUUUUAGAAUUUAAUCAGUUUCUGGAAUGUACAGUUUAAGCAGGAACAUGCGGUUAGAGUUAAUUGAUGAAGCUGGAAGAACUUGGAACUCUUUGUACAGCAGCAUGUCUAGCUGGUACUUCUAUGUGACCAAAAGAAAAUAACAAAAAUGAGCUCAAAACUGAUGUACUAGUUAGAGGUUUUGUGUAGAAUUAUUGUAUUAUCUUAAUAUGAAAAUAAUUACAAGUAAACAGAUUAUGGGCCCAGACUCCUAGAAACUACUAUACUGCAAAGGGGAAAUUUUCCAUGCCAGACAAGAGUCAGCUAUUGGAUGUAAAUAGUUAGGAGAAUGCCUCCUGCUCUAUCUGCCAAAGAGAACCUCUGUUGCAUAAGCUUUGAGGGAGACAGUUAUCUUAGCUGAUAAAAAAAAUACUGAUGUUGAGGUCAAUUCUCCUCCACAGUCCCAUGAAUGGCUGCAGGGGAAAGGGAGUGACUAAUCCUUGUGCAGUAUAUGAGUUACUGGAUUCAGAAAUGUUUGCAAAGCUCUUGAGAGGCGCUAGGAUGGAAUGUAUGUCAACAUCAAGUGCCUGAAUAAUAUAAAAUUCUUCCCAUUCUGCACUAAAAAAAUUGUUUUAGUAAUGCAGGUCAGUCAUCUAGGAUGUGUUGAAAAUUGCUGAAAUCAAGUCAAACAUCUCUUAACAUCAGGAAAGAGUCACUGAGAAAGCUAAGACUCCAGUUAUAUUUUUAAUAAGGUUGCACUGAUGAAUCCUAUGAAGAAGGAGGCACAGCACAGAAAAUUAUACAAAAAACAGGCCAAAAGUGCAGAGAGCCAGCAAUUAAAUAACAUGAGUGCGAAUAUUCCAGCCUGAUAAUCCAGAUUGGUGUUUGUCAGAUUUCCAGCUGUCAUAAAGAGUAUGUUAAUUACUUUUUCUAUUUCUGAAAGAGCAUAAUAAAAGAAGUAAAAAUCUGAAAUAUUGCUUCUCAGAUGAGAAGCCCAGGUACUGAUCAGGUGUAGUGAAUAACUGUCUUUUCACAACAGAAAAAUCAGACUCUCAUAUUUUUGUAGAAGAACAGAACAUAGAUAAUUUAAAGGGGCGUUUGGAAAUAAACUAUUGGACAAAAUAACUGAAAUUAUGUUUACUGUUUUGGAUGAUUCAUUGCUUGCUUUUGUUGUUUUUUAAAGGCAGAGCAGGCUGGUACUGUUACCCUUGUCAAGUCUGGCAAGGCUCUCCUGUUCUGCAUCUUUAGAGGACUAUCAGGUUUACAAAAUGCAUGGAGACAGAACAAUAAGCUUACCCAUUCCCACAGUCACUCACAUAUGAGAUCUAUGAAUUUAUUCUGCUGAAUUCCAUAUGUUUUGCCAGAGCAUAAGCAGGAGUAUGGAUCUAUCCUAAUCACUUUACCUGUAGUGGAGUAAGAAUGACUUUUUUGUGGCCAUCUCUCCAGAGACUGAGUGGUGAUUUCUUCAGCUUAUGUGAGUAUUUUACCCAACUUAAGAUUUUCUUGGUCAGGGUACACAAUUGUGCAAGGUUUCCUGAACAGAGAAGGAACUAGUCAAACCAGGAAAAGUGUAAAAGGCUGAAAGGAAAGGCAGCUUGUACUGACUUCUUUUUUUUGUUGUUGUUUCUCUCUCACUAGAUAAAAGCUAUGAAGCAGCCUUUAAGAAGAAUUGGUAUAUACUCUGCUGUAAGGGACCUUUGCUUUAUAAGCAAAAUAUAGUGACAGUAGAAAUGGGAAGUUUAAUGUAGAGCCUAAUAGUUUAGGUAGGUAAUUUUCAAAAUCAUGUAAUUGAAAUGAUUGAUUUCAGACUAAGAAGGUACCAAAACCAAGGUGAAAAUGUAUAUAAAAAUCAGUAGUGGUCAGUGAUUCCUGAAAAGGUAAGGAAAUUUUAUAUUACCAAAAAAGGACAUUAAAGGGAAAAUGUAACCAGGUUUAUCUGUAGCAUUCAUAACAUUUAAAUAUACUAUUCUAAAGAGAAACUGCAUUCUCUGAAGCUUGAAAAUUUUCAGAAUCUAGUUUACUUAUAAUGUGACCUUUCUGUGAGACAGUGCUGGAUCAUGUAUAUUGCAAUAUCACUUCCUUGUUGUGAUUUUUAAUUACUGAACAAUCAAGUUUGCUGCUUUUGUGCCUUUUCUAAAAAAAAAUGGCAUUCAGUCAUGACAACGGUCAGCAUUUUGGAGCCAGGAAAAAAGCAACUUUCAGAAUGCAUUUUUGAUCAUGCCUUUGGCAUGUCAGAAAGCUGCCUAUGUAAGACUGUGCUUCUUAAAUGAAGUUGACGUUUUCCAGAUUGAGUGAUUCUAGUAAAAUUUUACAAAUUUAACCAAGGUUAGGCUUAAGCUAGUUUUUUUCACCCUAAGGAUAAUUUCUCUAUUGACUUAAAUAACUUACAGUAAAUUAGACGGUUAUUAACAAAAAUACUUUGAGCUAGAAAUAAUUAUGAAGCUAAAUCAGGCUUUUACCAAGAGGUUGGCUAUUACUUACCCCUAGUGGGGUAAUGUAGUAAAACAAGCUGUAUGCAGGGUUUGUUAAACACUUACAGGGACUCCUGGGGUGAUGGUGAAUGACCCCUCAUUCUAGAAUUUGUGAGGUUGCAUGGAAUUUCAAGCUUUAAACUCCAUGGAAUAGGAUUGCAGAGCCAAGAUCCCGACUCACAACUUCUUGUAUCCCACUUAAAAAGCCACCAGCAUUUUAGAAUCAUGAAUUAAUUAUUGAAUCCAAUUAUAAAAAAAUGCCAGUGAAAGCAAUACUGCUGCAGGGUUGGUUUGCUUUUCUGCAAAUGCCACAAUGAAGCUGUACUCUCAAAGAAUAAGGGUUGAAAUUCACAGUGAGUAUGUGUAUUUUCAAAAGUCUUACUUAUCUAAUGAUUUUUAGUAUUCUGUCUGUUGCACAUAUUAAGUGACAAAAGCUACUUCUGUGGUAUGGUUUUAAUGGGGUAACUAACAGCCCUGUUAGAGCAUGACUCAAGGUUUCAGUUGUGUUAGAGAAAGUUGCUUAUUUUUUAUUUUAGUGAUAGAAAUGUCCAUGAAAGAACCCAAAAAGGUAUGGAUGUAAUAAUUGCAUAGUUAAAUCUACAGUCUUGACAGUUUAAAUAUAGUAUUAAAACUUCUAACUUGAUUUCCAAUUUGAUUUGUAGCUAAAUAGUCCUUUCAGUAAAAUAAAAUGAAAAGUUUGGGGUUUUUUUAGCUAGUGCCUUUUUCUCUGUAUGCCUUAAUUUUGUUCAUGUUAGAACACCAUAUUGAAAUAUGUCACACAAUUCCAUGUCACCAAAGCAGUCUUAGCAGUCUUUUGUGUUUUUCAAAGUGCCCUAAGCAGAGCUUGCCUAACUGCAUUGAAAAGUGUGCUGGAAUUAUAAUCUGCAGGCAGACAUUCAAAUUCAGAACUUGAAAGUGAUUUUUGGCUUUCUGUGCUAAUACACAUUUUGUAUUUGCAUUCUGGAUAUUGUACACCAAUGCACAUGCCAGAAAGAGAAUUUGUCUGCAUGCACUGAAGUAACUGGAUUGUCAGGAUUUGGCUUCCUGGCUCUGGGUACUAGACACUGCAGCAGAGUUUCUUACUGGGCUUGAAAGCAAAGUUGGUACAUUUCUAAGUGUGGUACUGUAUUAAAAGCUGUUUACUUUCAGUGCACAGGAAUAUGAUCUGUCCAAGCAAACCAACAGAUUUCUUUCCUGUGCUUUUAGGCUAAUCCUAAUCCUGCCGUUGUCUUGACUGAAAGCCUCAUAGCACCCAUAGGUACAGUGCAGUACAGCAAGCCAUUCCUUUGGACAUAGAGCAAUGUCUAACUGCAGCUUCAGAGACUUGAGAAAAUUGGUCAGAUCUACAGUUAUUUAUAACCAAUUUCUUACUUUUUUAAUCUUGAAAGACUGUGUCACGCAUAUAGAAAAGUAUAAUGUGUGUGCUUGAAUGUAAGUCCCUAUGGUGUUUCUGGAAAAGCGAAAGUAUUACUGCCAGUGUCAUUUCUUCUUGCUGGUAACUUGCUGUCUUGUGGCAAUGACAAGUCUGCAGUGUAGAAUCACAUACAAUUACCAAAGCUUUUCUAUCCCAUAUACAUAUAGCCAAAAGUGAUGUUUCAUGUCUUAUAAAUAGUGUAUAUCCACCAGUAAGCUGUUGGUGACUGAGUAAAGCAGGUACUAGUAAAAAGUGAUAGACGCUGCCCAUAUUUCAGACAUGUGGGUGUUUACAGUUGCUGUUUGAUAUACAAAACUCAUGCUUGUAUUAAAAUGAAGAGUUUUCUUUUUAAAAGCUCUUUCUAAUUUAAUCUUACUGUUGUCAUUCUAAAAUUACUGCAUAAGCUUGGUGACUUAAAACCUGGUGACUAUAGCUGGGUUUGAGCCUUAGGAUAUUUCAGGAACACCAUGAAGAUAAAAUUGUGACCUGAUCUGUUUUGUGCACCAUAGUGAGAAUGUUCCCAAGCUCUGGGAAGCGGCCAGUCCUCUUUAUGUGACAGCCAGAUGUCACCCACAGUUACUUGGGUGUGGGUGCUGCCUUCAGGAGGAGUCACUAAUGUGCACUGAGGGGUCAGACAUGUUUGCUAUCAAGCCAGGGUUUCUGAAUCAAAAUCUGUGAUCAGAAACAAAGGAGCUCCUUUCUCAUUUGAUAUCCCCACUUGGCCCACACCAUUUAUUUUUCUUUCUAGCUGGCAGAGCUUAAGUCCUGCAUAGGUGGUGGCCCCUGAUAGCUCCUGAGUAAGGUGUGUGUCCAGCUUUAGACCAGGGCGCUCAUCACUUGAACCCAGGACACUGCAGCUCCCAGAUUGCUGGUGCAAUCCUUGGGUUUCCUCUAGCAAUAUGUGUGUGUAAGGAGUGGAGAGGUAGAUGGGGUGGAGGAAAUGAUGUUUCUCAUGUUUCAGAGCAGUCACACCUUGGCUAGGGCUUCGUUUUCAGAAACUUAUUUUAAAGGGAGAGGACCUGGGUUAAACGGCAUAAAAAUUGUAUCUCAUGGUUCAACCCUUAUGUUGAGUCCACAGGUAUGGAUUUGGAGGGUCAGGGUCUUCUGUUGAGAAAUAAGGAAAAGGAUAGUCCAGCUCAUGAGUGGAUAGUCAUAGGAAAUGCAUCAGAGCUUUUUUGUGCUUCUUACCCCAAAACAAAUGGUCCUUUUUCCCCAGAGGUUUAUAUAAUGUUGAUAUAAAAACAAGGAUUGCAUUUUCUUUUCUGAACAGCCAUUAGAUUGUCAUUUCCCUAGUGUUUGUUUCUUGUUAAUACCAGUAAAAAAAGGUGGUGUCACCCUAAAAUUGGGAUGGUUUAUUAAAGCAUAGUGUCUGUCAUCUCAGACCUCGGAGGAGUUGUAUAAUGGAGUAUCACUGUAAAUAUGUGGAGGAGACUUAGAUUAAUUGGAUCGUAGGCUUUUAGUUUUCAUGAAGCUAUGAAUAAAAAUUUGUAAAUUUACUCUUGAUCUAAUGUACAUUUUUAUGUAGCCAUUAAAUUCUCUAUUUAAUCUA